UUUGUAUAGUUAGGGACUAUACAAAUCCUUGCUGCAGUUCAACCGGAACAACCUGUUCCGUUCCAGAAAUUAAACAUCGUUCAACUAGAGUUGUCUCCCUUCAACAGGUGUCAACCAAAAUGUUGUGACAAGUUGGCAGGUUUUAUUUCUUGUUAACAAGGAUAAUAAUAAUAACAAUAUGGGAAAACAGUCUGUUAUUGUGCGAUGCUUCAUCGAUUUCAUUUGUCUUUUUAUCGUUGCCAUUCCUAUUUUGAUAAUAAAGAUCCAUGCCACACCAUUUAGUCGAGGAUUUUAUUGUGAUGAUGAAAGUCUCAUGCACCCACACAAACCUGAUACAGUACCAACAUGGGUAGUGUGUUUUAUAGGCAUGUGUGUGCCAAUUAUAACAAUUAUUGUAACAGAGGGUAUUCAUUUAUCUGUGUUUAAAAGAGACUGUAGCAGUGCACUUAAAAACAAGCCAUAUAUCAAAACUCUUUAUAGAGGCAUUAGUGCCUUUCUUUUUGGUUGUGCCGUCACACAGUUGACAACAGAUAUUGCAAAAUAUAGUUUGGGUAGAUUACGCCCACACUAUCUGUCUUUAUGCAAACCAGCAAUUUUAUCAAAUUGUUCUUCAAAAACAGGCUACAUUGAAACACAUGAUUGUACAAGUACAGACACAGACGCUUUACAAGAAGCCAGGCUAUCUUUUCCAUCAGGACACACAUCGUUUGCAUUCUUCUGUAUGUUAUAUCUAGUGGUGUAUUUACAAAUAAAAUUCAAGUGGCGAAAGUGUUGGUUGGUUAGACCAUUUUUACAGUUGGUGGCAUUUUUCCUGGCCUACUACACAGCCCUGACUAGAAUAUCAGAUUACAUGCAUCAUUGGAGUGAUGUGUUAGGGGGUGCUAUCUUAGGAAUUAUUGUUUGUUUCUUUACACUAAUGUCAUUUCCUAUAUGGAAAUGGAAAAUGAGAACAAAUAACAGAAAAAGAUCUGAUUCCUAUUCCUAUGAAAUUGUUUGAUUUACCUCAUAUCAGAUCUACCGAAGGUGUGUGAAAAAACAGCAGCAUUCGCUACAAGUUCUGGUCUUCCUCUGUACAAGUCCACACGAAACGAUGACCAUAGUGAAUCAUCGUCCAACUCGUCAACUGUCCCCAACAAUGGCAGUAUCUCAAUUACAUCACCUAACAACUGAUGGAACUGGUGACGAGAAACAAAGAUAUCAGCACCAUACCAGUGAUUGUAUAUAGUCUAUACCGUAAUUUAAUUUAUGAAUCAGAUGUUAAUUAUAUAUCAGUAUGUUACUUCAAUAAUUCUGUAAAAUAGUAAGCAAUCAGGGAAAUAUUUUGUAAAAAGUCUUUCAAUGUGUAUUGUGAUAAGUCUUGUUGAAUUUGCUGCUCAUUCUAUGAAUGAACAAAAUGGAGUAAUGUGUUUUCCAAUGUCUUAUGGCUUGUUUGAUUGAUUGAUAUGUCUUAACUCGAUCAAUGCAUGCAAAACUGUUAAACUUGCAUUUUAAUUUUGAAUGUCUGUAUUUUUUUGAUUUUAUUUUUAGUAAUAUAAAAAAUAUGCUGUUUAUUGUAACUAAAGACAUUCAAAAUGUUAUUUAAAUAUAUAUUUUUCAGUUUUAAAAUAUUGCAUAUGAAAUAUGUUUUGAUUUCUGGCAUUAUGCAAAUUGUUCCUCUAUGCAGCAAAGUCAAUUAAUGGGAGGUAACUCUAUAUAUUUUUGGCAUAUUUAUUUUAUUGACUGACUGUAUUGCUUUGAAAUAAUUGCCUGAUAUCUCUCCUGAAGUCAGAGACUAUCAACAAUGUGUGUUUAUACACAAAAGAAAUAGUUUUGUAUUGAUACUUUUAAUAUGUACAAUUAAGCUUAUUGCACACAAAAUGGACAUUAAACUUUCUUUGUAACUAUUUUUAAAAAAAAUUAAAAGAUAUUGCUAAUUCUAAUGUUAAUCGUUUGGAACAACAAUUUUGAUUACAAUACUUCAUAUAUUUUGAAGAUGAAAAAUCUAUGAUAUAAUUGCUGGAAUACUAUGCACAAAUACAGAUGAUAAGGCUUCCAUUUACCUAAAAUUCAUUUAAUAGCAGACAUGGUUUAACAAUAGUUUUAUAGGAAUAACAUCUUCA